AUGCCUGUUGUCCCCAAGCUACUCUUGUCUCAAGCCGCUGUCUUUGCAGCUGGCUCUACAUCUGGUUCUGAUGAUACCAUCCCCAUUUCCCCUGCAUCGCCAGUUGGUCCGAGCUGCCUUGAUCGCAUCACUAUUCCUUCUGCGAGCAGUCUCGACACCAGCUGUUCAGUCUGGGAGACCUCACUUGUUCUUACCCCAGAUGAUAGCCUAUUGAUAUCAGAAGCCCCUACAACCAGUGCUGCUGCCAUAAAAGCCCCUAUCGAGCUUGCAGGAGAUGUCCACCUCUUCCUUCCCUUUGAUGUUCUCAGAGUAGAGCGCAAAGAUGUCCAAGAGAUGGAUCCUGCACAAGUGACCCAACAGUUCAAGACCGGAAUAUCCAAAAAGUAUUGGGCUGCACAGGACACACUCCAUUCCCUUGUUGGCAGCUGGGAUAAGUGGGUGGAGUAUGAUGCUGAGUUCCCACUACUUCUGCACAACGACAUUUGUACUUUUGAUGUGGAUGAUCUGAAAACUGCGCAGAAGAAAAAGAAGAUGCAAAAGCCAAAGAAGAAGCACGUUGCCAAGGGCUCACGCAAGGUAUCGUGGAUCUGGCGCAGCACCGAUAAGAUGAACAGUGAAGGUAUCGACUCAGACCCCACUGGCACUGCCAACAGCUGUGACCCACUCAAGGGCCCAAUAUUUUCCUUCCUUGAUGCCGUGCCUGAUAUAGACGCCAAAGGUAUUGAGGAUGAUGAAGACGAUGACGACAACGGAGUAUUGGAGCUUGAGGAAAGUGAGGCUGUCAUUGCAUACAUGGAGCUAAAGUUGUAA